GGGAAACAACAGAGAGAAAUCUGUGGCCAGUAGGAGGCAGCAUACGUGAAGCUGUCUCCCAGGAAGCCAAUGCUGGCAAGACAGCUGUGGAAGACGGGGGUAACUGUUGCUGCACUCGAAAGCUGGCAGCACUGCAGCUAAGUCCAUGGAGAUGAAGGCCAGAGGGUUGAGGAUCCCCUUGCUGCUGUUGCUGGUGACGGUGGUUGUAAUGGCUAAGGUGAAUCACAUCCAGAGGUGGGGGGGUUUCAAGGAGAAGGCCACGAGCAAGAAAAACCUCAACUUGACACUCCAUUUCUUCAUCCACUCUUACAACAACGCAAGCAACGACACCUACUUGUAUCGAGUUCAGAAGCUAAUCCAAGGUCAGAUGCAGUUGACCACAGGAGUGGAGUAUUUGGUUACUGUGAAGAUUGGCAGGACCAAAUGUAAGAAAAAUGAGACGAAGAAAGCCUCCUGCCCCCUGCAAAGCAGCAAGCUGAAAAAGAGCCUGGUUUGCAAAUCACUGAUAUACUCUGUACCCUGGAUGAACUACUUCCAGCUCUGGAACAAUUCCUGCCAGGAGAGCUGAGUGUCUAUGUAAAGAGCUCUGCUGACACCCA